AUGUCGGACUCGGACACAAGCACAAGUGUGUUGCUGUUCUCGAAGAAGAUGAUCUCGACCCGCGAGCUCAUCGAGCUGGUGCGACAGAAGCGGUGUCUGUGGGACCGCUGCCACCCCUCGUACCGGGACAAGGCCGCCAAGGACAAGUGUUGGCACGAGAUCUACCUCGAGUUCGAACCAUCGUAUGACACGCUCAACGAAAACAAGAAGACUCUCAUUGGUAAUAUAAUCACAAGGAAAUGGUACAACGUCAGAGACUCGUACGUAAAGUCUCGCAAGCCGGGUGUGCGGCGACCGUACCUGUACGCCGAGGAGAUGCAGUUCCUGGACCCCAUCUACCUGGCGGGAGACAGGAAAAGUGAGAAGAGUUUCAUCGAGGAACGGAUAUCCAACGAUGAUGACGCAGACAACGACAACUCACAUAACUGGCUGCAGGAGGUGUUCGUCGACAUCGAGGAGGGCGGAGACACGCAGACCGUCGAGUGUCCGCCCAAGCGGGCCAAGAUCGAGUACAACACCAGCAAGGAGGACAACGAGGAGAACAUCGUAGCAGUACUCGCCAACCUAAUACAGAAGGAGGAGGACGAGGACAGAGCAUUCUUCAAGUCCAUCACUCCGUCCGUGAAGAAACUCUCAGAGAGCGCCAAGUUCGAGUUUAGGAUACAAGUGAUGAAGCUCAUUAACAGUUUGAAAAUUAGGGACCGACAAGUAGUGAACCUUAAAAGAGAAAGAACUUCCAAUGUGGACUCAGACUCAGAGUGA